AUCUAGUCUCCUGGCGUAGAUAGUCGAGCUGAGACCGCAUGCAAGAUGAGCUUCAAUUCAGGCUACGACCGUGACUUGUGGGCGAUAUUGAAUGAUGACUUUCCCGGAACGGAUGAGGCUCUAUCAAUCAUUGAGACCACUUACCUCGAUGAAACGCUCGGCGAGAUACAAAAUUGGGGUGAUGUGGCCUUGGGAGUCGCCAAUCAAGACCAUGAAAAUGCAAAAAGCAUUGUCGAACGGAGUCUGGGGAGCACGACCAGACAAACUGAGGAAUACUGCUGCUAUGGAAUGAUUCAUGAUGCUAGCAUUAGACUCACGGGAGACAUGGGGCAGAUCCUCCAGAAACUUGACCUCACCCAAAGUGUCAUGGAGUUCGAACUCAUUAAACGACCCCAAGAUAACCCGCUGCUAGAGUUUGCAGACGGCACGGUGUUGGCCCAAGUCUCUACGGAAAUCUGGGACGCUCUGGAAGCCAUAUCGCAGAAGCUCUGUCAGCAGGAACUCAUCGAGACCCGAGCUUUUGUGCGUCCGACUGCUGUCAGGGACGUCAUUCAACGUACUAGGAGGAAGUUUGAUGCCACCUUGAAAGUAGACAUGAAUGUGUACGGAUCACGCUCGAAUGCCGAUGCUGUAGGCUGCGUCUUAUCCGAGUGCAAAAUCUUCCUCCAGGAUCCUGACCACGGCGUUGUUGGGGUUGAUUAUCACAACCCGCAUCUUAUUGAGUUCCCAGGCUUUGAGGAAACAACAGCCUGCUUGGCAGCUGCCGAAAGACUGAGAAAGGAUCAAAAAACGGUCGAGAACGGUGAGGCUGGUAUAGUGGAGGCGGGGGAUAGCAGGAGGGCGCAAAAAGCGCUCCACUUCAUGAAGCAGAGAGAGGAGGGUCCCAUACCUGCCGAUUACAGUCUGUGGCAGCAUAUUGUGAAUGCGCCUCGCAGAGAGUUGCUGGAGUACAGCCACAAAUUGACUAGCAAGCAGCAAGAUGAGCCUCCAGAAGAGCUCGGGGGUGGGAUUCUGGCAGACGAUAUGGGCAUGGGAAAGUCCCUGACCUCCCUUGCUCUGGUCGCAGAUACACUCGACAUUGCACUGGAAUGGAGGAAAGACGGCGAUAAAACAUGGGGAAUGCAGACGUCCAAGCGCGUCCGCACAGCCCAGCGCUCAAAAGCGACUCUCAUUAUUGUGCCAUCCACAUUGAUUAUGAAGGAGACCUGGGAAAAUGAUAUCAACAGACACAUGUCUGAAGGCAUCACAGUCGCCAAGUACUACGGAAAGGAGCGGGAUGCUGUUGACCCCGAGAUAUACCUCAAUAGUGACAUAAUCUUCACAACCUACCAUACUAUCGCGACCAGUGCCAAUAAGCCAAGGUGCGCAAUACGUACUAUUGAAUGGUUCAGGAUCAUUCUAGAUGAAGCGCACAUGAUACGGCGGAGGGAGACGACCUUGUUCCAAGCUGUGUCCCAGCUUUCCGCUCGAUCAAGGUGGUGCUUGACCGGGACGCCCAUACAAAACAAGCUGGAAGAUCUCGGCUCCCUGUUAUCAUUUCUCCAAGUCGACCAGCUCCAGAACAAAGCCGUCUUCAAGAAAUACGUCAUCGGCAAGCUCAGCGAGGACUUUGAGAAGGGCACCAAGGCCUUUGCCGAGUUGAUGGACUCCAUCUGUCUGAGACGGACCAGAGUAAUACUGGGAAUGCCAGAGCCGGUGGAAAGCACGAACUGGAUCACGUUGUCUCGAGCAGAACGGGAGCAGUAUGAUCGAACAGUCCGGGAAACUGCCGAGAUGAUCCGACAAAAGACGUGGGAAAGGACCGGAAAGGGCAACCAUUUCGGUUUGUUCCAAGCCCAGCUGCAGCUCAGGCUGAUCUGCAACCAUGGCACAUACCAAGUGCCCCUGAAGCUAAGCCGGAGGGACAGACGAUCGGAGCGCGAGGCGAUGCUGCAGACCAUUGGACUCGGAGGCGACACCAUCUGCUCUGGGUGCGGCGCUCCAUUUUCGGCAUUUGAAGCGCUAAGCUCGACUCUUUGCAGACACAAGUUCUGUGGCGAGUGCAUGGAAGACAACAACACCUCGUGUCCGGUGUGCCACGCCCGGACGAGGGUGGUAGACGAAUUCAAUGACGGGCCAAAUGCAGGCGUGGGGCUACCCAUGUACGCAGAUGUAGGAACUGGUGGUUAUUUCAACAUGAAUGGCAUAUCAUCCAAGAUGGAAGCCUUGAUGAAGGACGUCAAAGCAGUCUCGCAACUAGGUGGUGCCAAAAGGUGAUGAUAUCGUCUCCUUGUUGAUAUAAAAAUAUUCAAGCUGACCCGGGAAAACACCCUCGAUAGUAUCGUCUUCUCGUGCUGGACGCGAUCGCUCGACCUGAUAGCAAUGCACUUGCAAAAUCAUCACAUCCGCUACGAACGAAUCGACGGGGAUCUCAGCAUCUGGCAGCGACAGGCUAGCAUGAAGAAGUUUACAGAGGACCGAGACAUUCCCGUGCUGUUGAUGACGACAGGAACUGGUGCCCUUGGGUAAGACCUCCCUUUACUAGUCUAGAUGCAGUCCUAAAAGGGCCUGCCUGGUUCAGGCACUAACCACUCUUGUAGACUGAACCUCACCGUCGCAAGCCACAUCUUCAUCUUCGAGCCGCAAUGGAACCCAAGCGUGGAGAGUCAAGCAAUCAGCAGAGCACAGCGGCUUGGACAGGAUCAGCAAGUAUUUGUGAUGAGGUAUCUGGUUGCUGGUACCGUUGAGAAUAGAAUGCACUCGCAGCAAAAGAGAAAAGUCGAAUUGGCCAAGGUCGGAUUCGAAAAUGAAUCUAUCGCUUCCGAGCAGGGAGAUUGAGAUUGACCAAGAUUUUCACCUUUCUAACGUUGCACGCGGGUACUCCACCGUAAUGGGGAACCGGAAGCUUCAGGGUCCUGCCGGUGAGCGGUGAAACAUUUUGCUUACGGUUAAAAAAGACUCCAGGGGGGUUAGCGACCAGGGGGUGUGAGUUGGUAGCCUACCAAUCCUACCUAUCCAGCAGUCUGCCCAUUUUCUUGGUGCGGGGAAAGGCUCUUUUUUUUUUUCUGCAGCCAAGCUGAUCCUCCCUGCUCGAUGAUGCGCUUGAAUGUUUGUUUUUAGGGGUAGUGGCUGCAAGAUACGGUACGGUAGACACAAAAGCCAAGGGCUUUUCAUCUCACCCAGAUUGGUGACAUUGAACCCCCCGCUUUCCUUUCUCACCCACAAGUUUUUUUUUUGCGAGCUACUCGUUGGGGGGGUUUUUUUUUUGUUUUCGGUAAACUUU